GCUGGUUGGAAGGAAAAUCACGCAACAUUCAUGAGCGAACUAAAAAAUCUUCAGGCUUCUGGACUGACUACUCUUGGUCAGGCUCUAAGAUCCUCAUUUGAUCUGUUAAAUCUCAAUAGAUUAAUAUCUGGAAUAGACAAUUAUGGACAGGGGAGAAAUCCAUUUUUUUUAGAACCAUCUAUUUUAAUUACCAUCACAGACGGAAACAAGUUAACAAGUACUGCUAGUGUUCAAGAAGAGCUUCAUCUUCCUUUGAAUUCUCCUCUGCCUGGAAGUGAACUAACCAAAGAACCUUUUCGCUGGGAUCAAAGGUUAUUUGCCCUGGUGUUGCGUUUGCCUGGAGUGGCUUGUACGGAACCAGAGCAACUGGGGAGUGUACCAAGUGAUGAAUCAGCCAUCACACAAAUGUGUGAAGUCACAGGAGGUCGCUCCUACUGUGUUAGAACACAACGAAUGUUGAAUCAAUGUUUAGAAUCUCUAGUGCAAAAAGUUCAGAGUGGUGUAGUUAUUCAUUUUGAAAAAACGGGACCAGAUCCACUUCCUGUUGGAGAAGAUGGACUUACGGAUUCAUCUAGACCAAGCAAUUCAUUUGCUGCUCAACCAUGGCAUAGUUGUCAUAAACUCAUUUAUGUACGGCCUAACUCUAAAACUGGUGUUCCUGUUGGACACUGGCCAAUUCCAGAAUCAUUUUGGCCAGAUCAGAAUUUGCCUUCACUACCACCAAGAACAUCUCAUCCUGUUGUGAGGUUCUCCUGUGUAGAUUGUGAGCCAAUGGUUAUAGAUAAACUGCCCUUCGACAAAUAUGAACUUGAGCCUUCUCCCUUAACUCAGUAUAUCUUGGAACGAAAAUCUCCCCAUAGCUGCUGGCAGGUAUUUGUUACUAGUAGUGGAAAAUACAAUGAACUUGGAUAUCCAUUUGGUUACUUAAAAGCCAGUACAACUUUAACUUGUGUAAACCUCUUUGUGAUGCCUUACAACUACCCAGUUUUACUUCCUCUUUUAGAUGACUUGUUUAAAGUUCACAAGCUUAAGCCAAAUCUGAAGUGGCGACAGGCUUUUGACAGCUACUUAAAAACUCUGCCUCCAUACUACCUAUUACCAUUAAAGAAAGCACUAAGGAUGAUGGGAGCUCCAAAUCUGAUAUCAGAUAAUUUAGAUUGUGGACUUAGUUACAGUGUUAUCUCUUACCUUAAAAAACUCAGCCAACAGACCAAACUAGAGUCAGAAAGAAUAUUAGCAUCAGUGGGGAAGAAACCUCCCCAGGAAAUUGGUAUCAAAGUGAAAAAUCAUUCUGGACACAGCAUGUCCUUGGGUCACAAUAAAAAUUUUAGAAAACUAUUGAAAGAAAUCACAGGGGAAACUGCACUGAGAUUGACAGAACUGAAUACCAAAGAAUUUGCUGGCUUCCAAAUUGGGCUCUUAAACAAGAAUUUGAAACCUCAGACAUACAGAAAUGCUUAUGAUAUUCCACGUAGAGAUCUUUUGGAUUAUUUGACCAGAAUGAGAUCCAACCUACUGAAAACACACAAGUUUAUUGUUGGACAGGAUGAAGAUUUCCUUCAUAGUGUUCCAGUUGCACAAAUGGGUAACUAUCAGGAAUAUCUGAAGACUUUGGCUUCUCCACUUCGAGAGAUUGAUCCAGAUCAGCCAAAAAGACUGCAUACUUUUGGCAAUCCAUUUAAACAAGAUAAAAAGGGAAUGAUGAUUGAUGAAGCAGAUGAAUUUGUAGCAGGGCCACAAAACAAACUGAAACGUCCUGGAGAACCCAAUCCUAUGUCAGCUAAGAGAAGGCGGAGUACGUCCCUGCUGUUGAGGAAACCACAAACGCCGCCCACUGUGACUAACCAUGUGGGCGAAAGGGGAUCACUCUCGGCCUUGUGGUUCCCACCUUAUCCAAACCUCCUAAAACCCAGCCUUGUACAUUCAGAUGCCACUGUCAUUCACGAUGUUCAGGAGACGAUAGAAAAUGGACAAACCCCACCUGAUGGCUUCUUGUCAAAAUCCGCCCCAGCAGAGCUUCUGAAUGGGGCAGGAGAUGGCCUUCCAUCCAAUCAGUUGGACUCUCUAUCUGAUAACUUUACUAGUCUCAGGAAAGACGGACUGAUUCACAAACCUGCUAAUAAUGUACUUAUAGGAGGAGCUCAAAACUGCAAUCUGUCUAUAGAUGACCAAACUAUCACAGUACCAUCUACUUUAGAAAGUAUGCCAAAUAGUUUGCAAAUCACCCCUGCAAUGGCACAUGGAAUCAAUGCUGAUAUAAAACAUCAAUUAAUGAAGGAAGUUCGCAAGUUUGGACGAAAAUAUGAAAGAAUUUUUAUUUUGCUUGAAGAAGUACAGGGGCCUCUGGCGAUGAAAAAACAGUUUGUUGAAUUUACCAUAAAGGAAGCUGCGAGGUUUAAAAGACGAGUCUUAAUUCAGUACUUGGAGAAUGUACUAGAAAAAAUAGAUUCCUUUUACCUUCUCAACAAUGUUAAUCACAUAAACAGCAGAUCUUCAUAUUAAUGCAAAGACCCAUGAGAAAAAAGGACACGUUUUCUGUGUUGUAAAAUGGAACAAGAUAUUGUUGAAGCCUCCUAAAAUGUUUGAGUCAAGGGAGUCGCCCUCCAUAGUCUAAGAAAAAAUGGUGGAACUUUUCAUUUUGUUUGAGUAAAAGUUGGGCUUUUGUGUUAGGAGUUUUGGUUGGAAGCAUCCAUUUUUGCUUUGUUGUUUCUUUUCCCAGUUGAAGAAGGUGGUACUGUUAAUUGAGUAAAAUUCAUAAAUUCAUAAAACGCUGCUGCCCCUACCGUAGGUAGUAAGGGUUCGCUCAUUUAAACUUUGCCGCUCUAGGCAUUUUCAGAGUGAAGAGGGGACAGCAGCAAGCGGAGCACUACUUAAAAUGUUCUUGCCAUGUCCUUUAGAAAGAAUAAGCAUACAGAACCCAAGUGGCCGUCUUAUGUAUGCUGAACAGAGUUACCAGUAAUCCCUAGUUGUGCCUUUGAAACCAUGCAAUGUUCAGGAUAGUUGGAAUCAGUAAGAAGCUGCUAUUUGGGUAACUUAUUUUUCUUUGGGAAGGGCCAGGGAGAGUCACCAAAUAAUCUACCUCCAACUUUCUUCUAUUUUGUCUAGAGACAUUACAAAGUACACCUGAGGCUGCCCUAACCCUGGACAUUUUGUUCUUGCAUGUGACAAAAAGUCUUCAGGUGGACUUGUGCAUCUUUCUGUGCUUUGGAAGCACUAAAAGAAAAAGAAAUGUGUAUAUUUCCUUUAAAGUUUAUACAAAAGUUUAUAUGGAGCAGUAUUAUGUUUGUAAUAAUUUGUAAAAAUGUAAGUGUUCAAAGAGAUUUUGACUUUGCAUAUAUAAAAUAAACAUUUUAUUGAUUUUCACAAGUUCAUUAA